AUGGUACUCAUUCACCACCUCACAGAAGAAUAUGAUCUGAACUGGUGUGGUCUUAUUGCGCCUCCUAGGUUCUAUCCAUGCGCCCCCUCAUCUGCCUAUGCAUUCCUCAUGCAAUGGCACCCACCCACCGUCCUGAAGAAUAUGAUCCGAACAGCGGUACUCAUUCACCACCUCACAGAAGAAAAUGAUCUGAACUGGUGUGGUCUUAUUGCGCCUCCUAGGUUCUAUCCAUGCGCCCCCUCAUCUGCCUAUGCAUUCCCCAUGCAAUGGCACCAACCCACCGUCCUGAAGAAUAUGAUCCGAAUGGGUGUGGCCUUGUUACGCCCCCUAGAUCUGUCUGCCCGCCCCUCUAUGCAUCCCGCCAUCCGGAAGAAUAUGAUCCGAACAGGUGCAGCCUUGUUAUGCCUGCCAGAUCUGCCGCCAAUUGAACAUACAUAUUCUUCACCCAUCCGCUCUUCCUCGUUCAUGCCAACGCCGUCUGCCAUUCGUGUGCAUCUCUUGCUCGUUCAGGCUCUGGAAAACAGAUACCUUUGCCACCACAACGUUCUCACCACCGUCGACCACUCAUGA